GCUAUUUCUAGGGUUUUCUGAGCAAGGAUGAUCGGAGCGAUCGUCCCCUAUGUCAGUAAGAUACGCAGGUCGUAUCAGUCAAAUGACCUCAUCGACCGGCUCAAUUACCAAUACACAGCUAUGCUGGUUGCCUUAGGUGCUAUCACACUGGCUGCAACACAAUAUGUCGGAAAACCGAUACAAUGCUGGGUGCCUGCACAAUUCACCGGAGCUUGGGAGAAAUAUGCGGAGACCUACUGCUUCAUUAAGGGAUCGUACUUCUUGCCAGACGACGAACAUCCCAAUGAGGACUUCAUCGAAAGAGACAACGCUGUAAUCGGUUACUACCAAUGGGUACCGUUGAUGUUGGCGUUGCAAGCUUUCAUGUUCUAUCUACCAUGCAUCGUAUGGAAGGCCCUAAAUAGCUCUACGGGUAUAAACGUCAAGGAUGUUUUGGAAAAUACAGCCAAGGUCAAGAAGAACGUCACAGUGAAAGAGCGAGAAAAUCAGGUCUUCAAAGCUGCUGUUCACUUACAAGAGGCGCUUGAGUUGCAGAGAGAGUUGAAACAAGAAGCUGGAAUGAUGUCAAAAAUGCGAAAAUCUGGUUCCUAUCUCUCCGCCGUCUACGUAUUUACUAAAUUCUUAUACGUCUUCAAUAUCUUCGCUCAGUUCGCUAUCUUCUCCGCAUUUCUCGGCACUAACAAUACAUUCUGGGGAUGGGAGAUUUUCCGCGACAUCUGGAGCGGUCGUGAAUGGAAUGUGACCGGUCAUUUUCCAAGAGUAACCAUGUGCGAUUUUACGGUUCGUGUUCUUGGUGCAUUGCAUCGCUGGACUGUUCAGUGUGUACUGAUGAUCAAUAUGUUCACUGAGAAAAUCUACGUUUUCUUGUGGUUUUGGUUUAUACUUGUUGGUGUGCUUUCGGUGAUCUCGCUCGUUUACUGGUUGGUCGCUUUAGCUGGCAAGAACUUCCAGCGCGGCUUCGUCACCAAGUACCUUCGAUGCAUGGGUGAGAUCAGCGAGCCGCCAUCGCGGAUGGAGGAGGAAAAAGUGGGCGGAUUUGUCCGCAACUAUCUCACCUCCGACGGUGUUUUCCUUCUCCGACUCAUACAAACUAAUGGUGGUGACAUGCUAGCAGGAGAGAUCAUCGCUGCCAUGUUCCGUCAGUACAACGAACGCAGAAAGGCCCCAAUGUCCGAAGACUCGUUCGGCGACUCUCCUGACACCACCGCUACCUUGCCACGGUAGAUUCCUGAAUCUACCACCUCUUUUUUCGCUAGGUGAAGCCCUGUAGCGAGUAAAUUCGUCCGACGAGCUUCAAAUUUAUCUCGUGAUCGUGUCUUUUCCAGUACAUGUAUAAGCUCUUUGCAUCAUAUGCGAUUCAUCACUGCGCCACAUUCCUGUGUUCACGAGACAACAAAUUCUUGUGUUAUAUUAUUGUGAUAUGUGUGUCCUCACCGAAGAUUCAUUCGCUACAUAGAUUUAUAGAAUAAAUGCCUUGCCCAUUAUCUAGCGAUGGUUAGGAUAAUCAUCUUUUUU